AGGCUUUGGGAAUAAUUCUGCCUUUCUGUAGGAUGGCAUCGUCCUCGGAGCAGAUACGAGAGCAACGGAAGGAAUGGUUGUUGCUGACAAGAACUGUUCAAAAAUACACUUCAUCUCCCCUAAUAUCUAUUGUUGUGGUGCUGGAACUGCUGCAGAUACCGAUAUGACAACUCAGCUGAUUUCAUCCAAUCUGGAGCUCCAUUCACUAUCUACUGGACGGCUUCCAAGAGUUGUCACAGCUAAUCGAAUGCUAAAGCAAAUGCUUUUUAGGUAUCAAGGCUACAUCGGGGCUGCCUUGGUUUUAGGGGGAGUAGAUGUCACGGGACCUCACCUUUACAGCAUAUAUCCCCAUGGAUCGACUGACAAGCUGCCUUAUGUGACCAUGGGUUCUGGAUCAUUAGCAGCUAUGGCAGUAUUCGAAGAUAAAUACAAACCAGACAUGGAGGAGGAGGAAGCCAAGCAGCUUGUGAGAGAUGCCAUCGCAGCUGGCAUCUACAACGACCUGGGCUCCGGCAGCAACAUCGAUAUCUGUGUUAUAAGCAAGAACAAGUUGGAUUUUCUCCGUCCAUACGAUGUGGCCAACAGAAAGGGGGACAGGUAUGGUAGGUACAAGUGUGAAAAAGGAACAACUGCUGUGCUGACAGAGAAUGUGGCACUGCUGGAAAUCGAGGUGGUGGACGAGACGGUACAAACCAUGGACACGUCCUGAACGGCCCCGGGCAAGCAGCGGGAGCGUAUUCCGGCACCUUCCCGAGAAACCUCCGCCAGGACAGAAUAAAGAGGGUUCUGACCAU